GAAACCUGGUCCCGACUGAGUCCGAACGCUCCUUGGCGGCAACAACACCAGGCUCCAGAGCAUCGAGGCUGGAAAACAGGAAAAAAAAACGGCGUUCAGCUUUGCACUACAAUGUCAGGCUCCCCUGCAGGAGGCACACAAAGGUUAUGCUGCCCAAAAGCUAUCUGAGUCCGAGUGAGAAAGAGAAGGGCUGAAGCCACACCGUUCCCUAAACCUGUUAGCUAUCCAGACAGCACCAGCACCCAUUCCACAGAGGAGAGGAGCCAUGAGCAACCCCAAUGAACCCAGCGAUGUCACAGAUGCCUUGGCAUCAGUCAUCCACAUUGGUGUUGCGACCUCAGAGCCCCACAGUGUCGCCGUAGAUGAGGGCAUUGCCACUUGCCUCAAACACCACUCCCAACACUCAUACCACAAGUCAUCCCAUUGAAACAUGAGUCUGCCGGAGGCGCCAUCAGCCUCGUCCAUGCGAGGAGCGGUUGAGGAGGAUGAAGGGGACUUGAACAAAUCUCUGGGGGUCCAACGCUUUCAGCAGAUCCUCAGCUCCGCCCCCAGGGUCCCCGACGAGCAGCACCGCACCUACAACGAGGAGGACUUUGAAUACCACCGUCACUCCUCGCACCACAUCCACCACCCCCUGUCCAAGCUGCCCUCCGAUGGGAGGAGGAAGAAGAGCGGCAAGAAGAAAAAGAAGGAAAGAGAGCGCAAGGACAGUUCCGGCCCAACCAGCAACACCGCCAUUGAGGAAGGAGAGGAUGAGGAAGAUGAUGAGGAAGAGGGUGGAGAGAGCCACACCCAUCUCUCUGAGACAGAUUGUGACACCGUCAAAGAAGACGUACAUUUCUUUCUGUCAGAUGAAGAUCGCCUGGCCACACCUACCACAGACAGCCCCCACCCUGCCCGAGGGAUGGAGGUUGUGCCUCAGUCUGCUGUGGGCACCGAACCUGAAGAUGCCGCCUCCACCGAAAAGCCUUGUCCGACCUUGUCCAGCAGUGACCCAUCCGACCCCGCCUCUCUGACCCGCAUAGCCAGCCGCAGCUACGACCUGCAGGAGCGCCGGCGUACGGGCAACAUGACUGGCGCCGAGCAGGCCAAGUACCAUCGCAUCCCCACGGAUGAGAGUGAGGCGCAGACUCUGGCCUCGGCCGACUUGGAUGGCAUUAAGAGUCAUCGUUUUGAGGAUGUCCCUGGGGUACGGAGACACCUGGUCAGAAAGAGCACCAAGGGCCAAGUGGUGCAUGUCGGCAAGGACCACCAGGAGACCAGCAUACGCAGCCAAAAAAAGGACCGGACCCCACAUGAGGUGUUUGUGGAGCUGAACGAGCUGAUCAUGGAUAAGAACCAGGAAAUGCAGUGGCGGGAGACAGCGCGUUGGAUCAAGUUUGAGGAGGACGUGGAGGAGGAGACUGAUCGCUGGGGCAAACCCCACGUGGCCUCGCUCUCCUUCCGCAGCCUGCUGGAGCUCCGCAAGACCAUCUCCCACGGUAGGAGAGGAGGAGAGAAAGGGUGUGUGUGUGUGUACAUCUGUGUGUGCCCUCACUGCAGUGUGCCGUGUCUCCUCUGCCACCCAGGGGCGGUGUUGUUGGACCUGGACCAGAAGACUCUGCCUGGCAUCGCCCACCAGGUGGUGGAGCAGAUGAUCAUCUCAGACCAGAUCAAGGCUGAGGACCGUGCCAACGUGCUCCGAGCCCUGCUUCUCAAACACAGUCACCCGAGCGACGAGAAGGAGCACAGCCACAACCCCUUCCCCAGGAACAUCUCUGCGGCCAGCCUGGGCAGCAUGCUGCCUCACCACCACAGCACCAACCACAUCCACCAGCCAGAGCCCUCCGUCACAGAGCCCCUCAUGGGCUCGGCCAGCUUGGCGGAGCAGGAGACGCGCGUCGAUGUGGAGAAGAACGACGUGCAGAAGGAGUCGACUCCAAAUAUUGGCAUGCACAGGUCCAAGUCCAAGCAUGAGCUCAAGCUGCUGGAGAAGAUUCCAGAGAACGCUGAGGCCACUGUUGUCCUUGUGGGCAGUGUGGACUUCCUGGAGCAGCCCACCAUGGCGUUUGUCCGGCUGCAGGAGGCGCAGGAGCUGGACUCUGUACUGGAGGUCCCCGUGCCCGUCAGGUUCAUCUUCGUCCUGCUGGGACCCUCCAGCACCAACAUGGACUACCACCAGAUCGGACGCUCCAUCUCCACACUCAUGUCUGACAAGCACUUCCAUGAGUCGGCCUACCUGGCCGACGACCGUCAGGACCUGCUCAACGCCAUCAACGGCUUCCUGGACUGCAGCAUCGUGCUGCCCCCCUCGGAGAUGGGUGGCGAGGAGCUGCUCCACUCAGUCUCUCGCUUCCAGAAGGAGAUGCUCCGCAAGAGGGAGGAGCAAGGAGCCCUGCUGGCCAAGGAGCCCAAAAGCCAGGAGGAGAAAGAGUCCCUUCUAUCGCCCGGGAAGCCGGGAGACGACCCCCUGCAGCGUACGGGACGCCCCUUCGGCGGCCUGAUCCGGGACGUGAAGCGCCGCUACCCAAAGUACGCAAGCGACUUCAAGGACGCGCUGAACGCCCAGUGCGCGGCGGCCGUCAUCUUCAUUUACUUCGCCGCCCUCUCCCCAGCUAUCACCUUCGGAGGCCUCCUGGGUGAGAAGACUGAGGGUCUGAUCGGUGUGUCUGAGCUGAUCGUGGCCACGGCGCUGCAGGGCAUUCUCUUCUGCCUCCUGGGGGCCCAGCCGCUCCUGGUGGUGGGCUUCUCUGGACCCCUACUCGUCUUUGAAGAGGCCUUCUACUCUUUCUGUAAGGGGAACGGGGUGGAAUAUCUGACGGGCCGGGUGUGGAUCGGCUUCUGGCUUAUCAUCAUCGUGGUGAUGAUGGUGGCCUUGGAGGGCAGUUUCCUGGUUCGUUUUGUCUCGCGCUUCACCCAGGAGAUAUUCUCCUGCCUCAUCUCACUCAUCUUCAUCUUCGAGACCUUCUCCAAGAUAGUCAAGAUUUUCGUGGAGCACCCGCUGCAGCGCUGUUCCUCUGGCAACAGCACGGCGGAGAACUCCACAAUGGAGAAUAGCCCCCUGGAGCUGUUGCUUGGCAACGGCACCAUUUCGGUGGUGCCGGUGAAGGUCUGGAGGGAACCCAACACAGCACUGCUCUCCCUGGUGCUCAUGUCUGGAACCUUCUUCAUUGCAUUCUACCUGCGCAAGUUCAAAAACAGUGCCUUCUUCCCUGGCAAGCUGCGUAGGAUCAUUGGAGAUUUCGGGGUCCCCAUAGCCAUCCUCAUCAUGGUCCUAGUGGACUACAGUAUACGUGACACUUACACACAGAAACUGAGCGUGCCCAGUGGCUUCUCUGUGACCAGUCCUGAGAAGCGUGGCUGGGUGAUCAACCCCCUGGGCAUGGACACCCCGUUCCCCAUCUGGAUGAUGUUCGGCAGCAUGCUGCCCGCCCUGCUGGUCUUCAUCCUCAUCUUCAUGGAGACACAGAUCACCACGCUGAUAGUGAGUAAGAAGGAGCGGAUGCUGGUGAAGGGUUCUGGCUUCCACCUGGACCUGCUGGUGAUUGUGGUGUUAGGGGGCACCUCGGCCCUGUUCGGCCUGCCCUGGAUGGCAGCCGCCACCGUGCGCUCCGUCACGCACGCCAACGCCCUCACCGUCAUGAGCAAGGCGGUCGCCCCAGGUGACAAGCCCCGCAUCCAGGAGGUCAAGGAGCAGCGGGUCACAGGGUUGCUGGUGGCCAUCUUAGUAGGCCUUUCCAUCGUGAUCGGAGACCUCUUGCGUCAGAUCCCCAUCGCUGUGCUGUUUGGCAUCUUCCUCUACAUGGGCGUGAUGUCACUCAACGGCAUCCAGUUCACCGAGCGCCUGAUGCUACUGCUGAUGCCCCCCAAGUACCACCCAGACCACACCUACGUCCGCAAGGUGAAAACGCUGCGGAUGCACCUGUACACGCUGAUCCAGCUGGUGUGUCUGGCGUCGCUGUGGGCCGUCAUGUCCACCGUGGCUUCGCUGGCCUUCCCCUUCGUCCUCAUCCUCACCGUGCCCGUUAAGAUGUUUCUGCUGUCACGUAUCUUCACCACCCGAGAGAUGCAGUGUCUGGAUUCUGAUGACGCAGAGCCCAUCUUUGAUGAGAGAGAGGUCCAUGACGAGUACUCAGAGAUGCACAUGCCUGUGUGACCCACAAUCACUCUACCAUCAUAUGCCUACCUAUCGCUAGAUUCAUCCCUCAGUGGCCAAUCCAACCUGCCAAUCACUCUACCAGCCAAUGAGAAGCCUGUCCAAGGGAAAACCCUAUAUACCCAAUUGACAGACCAUCAUUGAGCUCUGUCGGUCCUGGCUUCCAUUGGUUUAACCACACCUGACCGAAGGGCAAAGAUGUCGUAUGUAGGCUUGGUUCCCUUUCAAUCUCAUUCACUUGGACCGAGUUCAAUUGGAUGCCAUGAAUGAUUCAACGUUUUCAUGACAACAUACAAGCGGUCUCAUGAUGACACACAGCAGCAAAUGGAGACCCAUUAUAGGGGGCACAUCAUGUCAUCGGAAGGGGUUAGGGGUCGGAGCACUUUGUGGCGUUAGGGAUGAAUACCGACUGAAAGGUCCAACCAGUUCAGCAUAUUUAUUUUAUUCAUCUUCCAUGUUUUUAUAUAUUGCUACAUAUUUUUUUAAAUAUCAGUGGAGGAUAGGUUCAAAUUCAAUUGUGUUAUAUAGAUUUCUAAUUUCAAGGUAUAUAUAUAUAUAUAUAUAUAAGUAAGUAAGUUGUUUAAUACACAAUGAUACAUUUUUCAACCCUGAAAGGGUGCGCUGAUUCACAUUGAAUGUGUGGAUGAUUACAUAUGGGAUACAUUCCUUGAGUCAAUAUAUUUUAAAAUAUUGCUAUUUUAUUUGAUUUUGUUCUCUUUUUAUGUUUAGCUCUUUUAGCUCACUAAGCGCCUUAUGAAGAUGACGAUAACUGUACUGAGGAACGUUGUAGAUGUUGCCUUAUUUGUUUUAAACGGCUGUAAUUUCAACAGUCACUUUUAAGCUCAGCACUUUUUAAGAUACCAAAUUUGGAAAUUUGUUUUUGUGUAAUAUUAAAUUAGUGUUUUAUAUUUGACUUUAGGUGUCUUCUUAGUCUAUCAAAUACUAAGCUGUGUAAAAUAAAUACAGAGAUGCCUUACAUUUUUAUCUCCAUACCAAUCCAUUAGCAAGUACGGAAGGAGUCUGAUUUUUAUGUUUCCAAACAAUUGCAAAGGGGACACAACCUGCUCCAAUGUCCAACUGAUAUCAAGCUAAUAAGGUAGUGGAGUCGAGUGAUUUUUACCAGUGGUCAUUACAACACAGUACUUAACAGGUCAGCAGUCACAGCGGUCUUGUGGAGGCGUGAUGAGAUGUGGGAAUCUGUCUGUGAUUGUGUGGUUUGUUCUGACAGAAACGCUAUGCAAAAUGCAUGUUUUUUUUUUAAGUUCUUAUAAUCAUUUGUUUUCAUCCAGUCAUCUGUGCUUAUUUGGCCGCUGUGGUGGCUCAAGCUUAGCGGCAGAGAGGAACCAAAUGUAACCAAAGUACACAUGGUAGUACCAAAUGCUUUUAAAGUACUGUACUGAACGUAAAUGUAACUCUCCCCAAACAUUUUCUAUGUAAAUUGACUGGAACUAUUUGUCCGUAAAUGUAGUACUUUCACAUGUAUUUGAGGUACUGAAGUGGGAUCCCAUCUCUCAAGUGCUACACAUUCUUACACAUUUCUGAAGUACUGUCUACACGAAAUAGUUAUACAGGUAAAUGCCAAAAUAAUGGAAGCACCUGAGUAAAUGAGGAAUACAAAUUAUAUUGAAAGCAGGUGCUUCCACGUGUGGUUCCAGAGUUAAUUAAGCUGUUAACAAACCAUGCUAAGCGUCAUGAAUAGAAAAUCCUGGGUGAGCUAUUAUUUUGGCCACCAUGGCUUUGCCUGCAUAAGAUGACAAUGCCCCAUCCACAGUGCACAAGUGGUCACUAAAUUGUUUGAUGAGGAGCAUGAAAACGAUGUAAACCUUAAGCCAUCUCAGUCACGCUUAUGGGAGAUUCUGGAGCAGCUCCUGAGACAUUGUUUUCCACCACCAUCAACAAAACACAAAAUAAUGGAAUUUCUCAUGGAAGAAUGGUGUCACAUCCCUCAAAGAAUUCCAGACAGAAUCUAUGUCACGGUGCAUUGAAGCUGUUCUGGCUCGUGGUGACCCAACACCCUAUUAAGACACUUUAUGUUGGUGUUUCCUUUGUGUUCACAAUGAGGGUGAUAAUGCAGAUGCAGUAUAUGUCCUUGGGGGGACAUCUUUGAGUUCUCACUGUCAACCUGUCGGCAUAAAGCUUGUCUAUUUUUGAGGAAA